AUGUCCUCCAACCCACCAAUCAUUGUGCAAGCACUAUGCGCCAUAGCUCCAAAACUGAAUACCUCUAAGCCUCUUAUUGAUGCACCAAAAGGCACGCCUACCUUGGAGAAAUCGGAGGGUGCUAUGCCACGGCGGAGUCUACGGCAGCGUCGAGGUAAAGUUGAGGAUUUAGGCACCUUCACUUUGAAGCUAACGGAUGAAGAGAUCGCCGAGGACAUAUUUUCCAUGACCGGUGAGCUCCCACGCGGACAACCUCAUCGGAGACCAGUCCAGACGCAAAUGAUGCUUAACAUUUCAGGUGACUAUGGGCAUGUUGUUGUGGAACAUGUUUAUGCAUCAGAGUGGUUAGAUGACUAUGGGCAUGAUGUUGUAGAACCUGUUGAUGCAUCAUAG